AGCGUCAGCUGGUCAAUGUUUACAUCCAGCAUUGUGCUUGCUGGCCCUGAAUGUUUCUGGAAAAAAGCUUGGGAAGAGACAAAACGCAGAAGGGGAUAUUAUUAUUAUUAGUCAAAGACGCUUAAAUCAACACGUCUUUGAUUUUCGAUUCGAUUAGUCUACGUAGCUGUUGGUGGUAGAGACAACGGCUUGUCUUUCCUCCAAGCAGAGAUUCCUCCUGGUCCACCUCUCACUCCAGCCAAAAUGGGUGGAGCCGUGAGUGCUGGGGAGGAUAACGAUGAGUUGAUCGAUAACCUGAAGGAGGCGCAUUACAUCCGCUCAGAGCUGGUGGAGCAGGCCUUCCGUGCCAUCGACCGUGCAGACUAUUACCUGGAGGAAUUCCGUGACAAUGCCUACAAAGACCUGGCCUGGAGGCAUGGCAACAUCCACCUUUCUGCCCCCUGCAUCUACUCGGAGGUGAUGGAGGCCCUGGACCUGCAGCCAGGCCUCUCCUUCCUUAACUUGGGCAGCGGCACUGGCUACCUGAGUACCAUGGUGGGCCUCAUUUUGGGUCCAUUUGGCGUGAACCAUGGAGUCGAGCUGCAUGGUGAUGUGAUAGAGUAUGCCUACCAAAGACUGGAGUUCUUCAUCAAAACCAGUGACAGCUUUGACAAGUUUGAGUUUUGCGAGCCCUCCUUUGUGGUGGGAAACUGUCUGGAGAUCACGCCGGAGAGCAGGCAGUAUGACAGGGUGUACUGUGGAGCAGGGGUGCAGAGGGAGCACGAGGACUACAUGAAGAACCUACUGAAGGUGGGGGGAAUCCUGGUCCUGCCCCUGGAGGAGAAGCUGACCAAGAUCACUCGCACAGGUUACAAUACCUGGGAGACCAAGAAAAUCAUUGCAGUUUCCUUCGCUCCCCUGGUGCUGCCAAAGAACAAGGAUAAUGGCAAAACCAAAAUGGUUCCACUACCAGCCAUGUUCGAGGUGCGAACUCUGCAGGAUCUGGCACGCAUUUCCAUCCGGCACACCCUGAAGAAGAGCACGGGGCAGGAGCAUGGGCGGGGCGGGGGAGUGGCCCGGGGCGGGGCCGGAGGGGCCCCUAAGAGCGGCCCGCGCUUUAAGCGCAGGCGUGUGCACCGGCGACGCAUGGACUCCGUGCUCCUGGCCAACAAGCACAUGUUCCUCAACCGCAUGCUCCCCGGACCCAUGGACGACAACAACAACUGCGACGACACCGAGGGGGAGCGGCCAGAGGAGAGCAGGAUGGGCGGAGAGGCCGAGGAGGAGGAUGAGGAAGAGGAGGAGGAGAGGGAGGGCAGAGAGCUCAGGUCUGAACCUGCUGUCAAUGUACUGCGAGAGAGGAUCCUGGGUUUACCUCUGCCCGAGCCCCUCAAAAUGUACCUGCUCUACUACCGUGAGAAAUAAGAUACUCCCAGCACCACCCAUCCAGACGGGUUUUAUUCCAGAAGCAGAGAAGAACAAGACGACAUUCAGCAUCCUCCUCCUUCGACAGGUGUGGCAACCUUUGUAGGCAAAUAAGCCACUUUCUUUUUUUCCAAAUGAGCCCCCUGUGUCUCGGUUUGCUCUUGCUGCUGGAAGCAGAAGGAACAUUGGUUUUGAGGAAAGUGGGUGGUUCUUGCGGCGAUAGAUGGAAAGUAUUAUUGUUUGCUUUACUGUACUUUUCACUAACUCCUCUAUUUGUGCAAUGUAAUACUUGGUCUGCCGUGCAAAUUUCAGUUUAAUUAUGACACUGUAACUAUGGGGGCUGCAUGGUGUUGACUAAUAGCUGGUGGAAAUUGUACAGUGAUGGAUUCUGACCUCCCACCUUCCUCCUCUCUGAUUGGGAGUUUCUUUUUGAUAGCAUAUUCUAUACUAAUCUGAACACUGGUCAUGUUCCAUACUAUUUAAACUCCAAGAGUUUGCUGUGGGCAAAUCAUUUUUUGUAGUGGGGCACCUGUAGUUGCAGUGCUGCCUGUUGACCUGUUGCGACGUAAUGGAGAAAAUAAUAAGGAAGCUGGCUGCUCAUUAUCUGUCUGUAGACUUUUUGAAAGGUAUAGUCACUUCUGACUACUGAUGUUAUAAUUUGCUCCAAGUUUUGGACUUGGUUAAACUGACCUAAAUUAUUUCAUUCAUUCGCAUUUUCAUAAAAGUUGUAACUUGGGGAGAUAAGCGUUGUAACAGCUGUACCAGUGAAAAGUUAUGGCUGUAGUGUGGCCUUGUGGAAGAAAAUUAUUUUGUAAAAUAAUUUUGUCAAAGGAUAAUGUAGCUAAUAAGACAAGUUUCUGGUAUGUAAAAAGAUUGUAGAAAUGCUUUUUUGGCACCUUAAUCUGGAUCUAAUUUGCUUGUUUAAAGUAUGGAUUUUGCAUUCAUCAUUAGAGUAAGAGUGGAGUUUAUUGCAGCACCAGACAGUGUGGUUUGAUGGUUUUGGGAUGAUGGCCAGCGGUACUGGAUUGUUGGGAAGAGCACAAUGGCUGAUGUACGUAUGGUUAUGUAUGUGUUUAUUUGAAUGUCUCAUAAAGCUAGUUGAAGUAUCUGAAAACCAAAGGUGGUUUUACAUUUCCUGAAAAUCAAAUCAGCGAGGCAAAAUUACCUUGCUGUAAAUAUACAUAUAUUUAUUGAUAGACAAAAUGUAGCAAAUUAAUAACAUAAUUGGGCACAUGGACCUUGAUAUUCUGUGCCAAAUGUGCCUCCUUGGCCAUCACAACUGAGCUUAAAUACCAUUGGUCUUGCUAUUUUGGCAAGUCUGUCACAUUCCUUCAAAUCCAUUAUUCGUUUAAGCUUGCUAACAUCACACGAAACAGUGAACGCAUCAACGGUGUCUGCUGCAACACAGAAAAGGGUUAUAUACAGGGCCAUUCACAGAUUUGUUGCUUUCACACAAGUUUAUUGGCCCUUUAUUUUGUCUUCAGAGUGGUUUAUUUGAGAUUGAAAAUAUAAACUGGAAAUAUGAAUAUUAUCUGAAAGAAGGAAGUGUUUGGAACAUUGUAGGGAGUAGUAGGGUGUAUCUUCCUCUUCUCAAGAAAGAACCUGCAGCUCCAGCAUGGGUGCUGUAGAGGGGGGGGUAGUUUAGGAUGAUUCCAAGGGCCCUGACUGAAAGGGGCCCUCAAAGAAUAUUAGAACGUGGUAGUAUCUGGUGUGGUGGGGCCCAAAAGUGAGAUCAUUUUAUUGGCCCCAAUAUUCCUGGAACUUCUGCUGACAUGUGACAGGGGCCACUGUGCAUGCUGACUGGACCCAUCCAGCCCAGCCCUGCACUGCUUCUGCCCUGUCCUCCUCCUGUGCGUGCCUGAGCUCUUUCUCUAGCUCAUAUGUGGUCAUGAAAGCAGGAGGCUUAUAACCGAUAUUGGCUGGUUCCUUUCAGAGAUGAAAUAUUUCCUCUCAUUACUGCUAUUCAUUCUGUUUACUGAGCGUAGCCUAAUCCACUACAUGGAAUAGUGAGCACAUGAGCUCAUUUGAUUAUGACGUGCAUUAAUAGUUUAAAACUUUUUUGUUUCCAUUUUGAUUCCACAUACACAAACAUCCCCCACCCCUCAACUGAAUAUUGUUUUGUUAUAUUCAUGGAAUGGAUUUACUACUUGAUAGCUUUUUCUCAAGUUGUUUUGCCUGACCAGCAUUAUUAAUAAUAUGAAAAAGGGGAAAUAUAGUAAAAAUGCUGAUCAAUGACUGAACAAUUUAUAGGCAGAUGGUCUUUUUGUUUUGUUUCAUUUUCUAAAACUAGAGAUUCAAUAGUUUAUUUUGUGCAUCUACAACUAUAUUUUCCUCAUUGGUGGGGUCUAAUGCAUACAUCUUUGUUUAGUUUAGUAACUGAGUGACAGUGCAGUUGGGUUUGGGAAUAUAAUUAGUUCAUUUUGAUACUGACCACCAAACCUUUUUUCAUUUACAAAUAAGCAGUUCUAAUAAGUGUGAUGUCAGUGCCAAAUGUUACCUGCGUGGACCCUGCAUUUCUAAAAGAAUCGUUCUUACGAUGUUUCAGUUUGUACUGUAUCUUUAGGGUUUUCAUAAGUUUCAGCAUUUUUGGCAAUUGUAAAUUUGUUGUACUUUUUGCACAUAUGAUGUGUAAUAGAAGAUGUUUUACUGGCUGCUGUUGACAGAGUUAAAUAAAUGUGGAAAAAAUUGAA